GCGUGCGCGGUGCUGCGUUGGCUGGGAUCGCUAUGGCAGCGGCGUCGCUGUGGGCCCGGCUUCCGUACUCGCAUCGGGGCCCGGCCGUCUCCGCAGCCUCCAGUACCGCGGCUUCUCGGGCAUGAGCGGGGUCUCCCGCCGCGGCCCGCUACCCUGGCCGCCGCUGCCGCCGCAUCCCAGCUUUGGGCCGGCGCCGGGAACAUGCCCCUGGCCGCCUACUGCUACCUGCGGGUCGUGGGCAGGGGCAGCUACGGGGAGGUGACGCUCGUGAGGCACCGGCGGGACGGCAGGCAGUAUGUCAUCAAAAAGCUGAACCUCCGAAACGCCUCUAGCCGAGAGCGGCGCGCUGCUGAACAGGAAGCUCAGCUCCUGUCUCAGUUGAAGCACCCUAACAUUGUCACCUACAAGGAGUCAUGGGAGGGAGGGGACGGUCUGCUGUACAUCGUCAUGGGCUUCUGCGAAGGAGGUGAUCUGUACCGAAAGCUCAAAGAACAGAAGGGGCGGCUUCUGCCUGAGAGUCAGGUGGUGGAGUGGUUUGUUCAGAUCGCCAUGGCUCUGCAGUAUUUACAUGAAAAACACAUCCUUCACCGAGAUCUGAAAACUCAAAAUGUCUUCCUGACAAGAACAAACAUCAUCAAAGUGGGUGAUUUGGGAAUUGCCCGGGUGUUAGAGAACCACUGUGACAUGGCCAGCACUCUUAUCGGCACACCUUAUUACAUGAGCCCUGAACUGUUUUCGAACAAACCCUACAACUAUAAGUCUGAUGUUUGGGCUCUGGGAUGCUGUGUUUAUGAAAUGGCCACCCUGAAGCAUGCUUUCAAUGCAAAAGACAUGAAUUCUUUAGUUUAUCGGAUUAUUGAAGGAAAGCUGCCGCCGAUGCCGAAAGACUAUAGUCCAGAACUAGCAGAACUAAUAAGAACAAUGCUGAGCAAAAGGCCUGAAGAAAGACCCUCUGUGAGGAGCAUCCUGAGGCAGCCUUACAUAAAGCGCCAAAUCUCUUUGUUUUUGGAGGCCACAAAGGCAAAGACCUCCAAAAAUAAUAUUAAAAAUGGUGACUCUAAAUCGAAACCUGUUGCUGCAGUGGUUUCUGGAAAGGCUGAAUCAAAUCAUAAAGUCUUUCCCCUCCAGCCUCACUCUUCUGAGGGCUCCAAGACAUAUGUAAUGGGUGAAGACAAAUAUUUGUCCCAGGAGAAACCCAUGGUCACUGGCCCCUUGAAGUCACCAGCAAGUCUGAAAGUCCACACCUCCAAGCUGGACGUGAGCAAUACUGCAGAAUCACUAGCCACGAUCAGUAGAGUGAAUAUUGACAUCCUACCUUCAGAAAGGAGGGACUCACUGAAAGAUGGCUUAGUUCGGGAGAAUGAGCUAGAAGGUAAAUGUGGUAUUUCUCAAGUGAAGGAGAAGCUGCAGGAUGGCACGAAGCCCAGCACUCACCCCAGAAACCUGAUUCCCACAUGGUCCUCUGGUGAUGUCGCUGGGGGAAGGAAUGACCGACUGAAUCCUCUGCAACCCCUAAACACAGACCAAAAGCCAAAAGACCAGGAUCAAGUUGCUGGUGAAUGUGUUCUAGAAAAACCAGACAGGACCAACCCAGGUUUACAGCCACACAGCUCCGGGUCUGAGCCUUCCCUCUCUCGACAACGACGACAGAAGAAAAGAGAACACCCUGAACACAGUGGGGAAAGGACACAGGUCAGCGGAGAUCUCUUUGAAUUCCAAGAGGCUCCUCCUCGACUUUUGCCUUCUCUUCCCACUAUUGGAAAAACGGAUAUCACAUUAUCACAAAAAGAUGCUGAAAAUCAAAGUAAAGUGGUCAUUGGGUCUACUGUGAGCUGUUCGAGCAGCAGGGAGGUGCCAUCAUCCAAGGAUCGACCAUUAUCAGCAAGAGAGAGGAGGCGACUAAAGCAGUCACAGGAAGAGGUGUUCCCCUCAGGCCCUUCAGUGAGGAGAGCUUCUCUGAGUGCAUCAGGACCAGGGAAACCACCAGAGGAAGGCCAGCCCACCCCUGGCCGAUGGUUGUCUUCUGACUGCUGUGCGACUCAGGAAAAGAAAGUCAUCCACUGUCUCUCUGAGGAUGAAUUAAGUUCUUCUACAAGUUCAACUGACAAAUCAGAUGGGGAUUCCAAAGAACAGAAAGGUCAUACAAAUGAAAUGAGUGACUUGGUCCAACUGAUGACUCAGACCCUAAAAUUAGACCCUAAGGAGAGCUGUGAAGAUCUCCUCGUUCCAGAUCCAGUGUCAGAAUUUAAACUUCAUCGGAAGUAUCGAGAUACGCUGAUACUUCAUGGGAAAGUUGCAGAAGAAGCUGAGGAACUCCAUUUUAAAGAGCUACCCUCUGCUAUCAUGCCAGGUUCUGAAAAGAUCAGAAGAAUAGUUGAAGUCUUGAGAACUGAUGUAAUCCAGGGCCUGGGGAUUCAACUUUUGGAGCAGGUGUAUGAUCUUUUGGAAGAGGAGGAUGAAGUGGAGAGAGAGGUACGUUUGCAGGAGCACAUGGGUGAAAAAUACACAACUUACAGUGUGAAAGCUCGCCAGUUGAAAUUUUUUGAAGAAAAUGUGAAUUUUUGAUAAUUUAUUCUAAUCUGCCAGAACUAAAGACCUAUUUUCAAAGGUUUUUGGCUUAAACAGAAACAAACCCAUAAUAAUGGCUGGAGGCCAUUCAACAUCCUUAUAUCUUUUUUUUUAACUGGGGAAAAAAUGGGAUGGAACAGAGUAAAAUGAAGCAAUGUCACAAAACAAAGGAAAAAAAUCUGUGGCUAAUCUUACUCUUGAUGAGGAAAAUCUGUUAUAAGACUUUUGUUUGGUUACUGUUUACUGAGCCUUAAACCACCAACUUUAUAUUUAGAAUUUUAUUUUUCUAAGGUACUAAUUAGUUUGAUACGUAAGGGCCAUAAAAUAUUGGAUUGGAAGUUUUAUAUUGCACUAUAGUGAUAAAAGUAAUAGGAUAAAUAAGUGACAUAUGUCUAGUGAUGCAAGUUGUCAUUAUUAAUAACCUUAGGUAGUAGUUGAAAAAUUAUUUUUUUAAGAAAAUCAAUUCAUGAUUCUGGGAGUAGAUACAAAGAAUAUGUAGUAUCUAGUAAUUGAGCAGUUCCUUUUUUAUAUAUUGAUGGAUGUUUAAUAAACCUUUUAUUUUCAUUUAA